UCGAUUCACUGGAGCUUGAUGCCGCUCACGAGAGCAGUCUUGGGGACAUCAACACAGAAUUCUGCACUUGUGUUGGAAAGAAACAUCAACACGGUGAACACAAACCAAGAUAAAAGACUUAAAAGUGCAUCUUUAUCCUUUAUGGAGGACUCUCCACCUAAGCCAUCGGUGGCUGAGCUGGCCGGCAGGUUCAAAGGUCACAUCCUCCCUGUGCCGAGCGCACAUGACAAGUCGCCACAUCGAAGGACCUUGCCUCCGUGUUCUCUGAAGUUUCCGAAGCGGAAAAAUGACACAGACAAGUCAAAGACAAACAUUGCCCCCGUCAGUCCUGUUCAGGUUCGGAUGAAGAGCCCCUCGGUCAUAGAGGGACUUCAGGCCAACCUCGCCCUGUCCCCCACCGCCCUGCUGCCUUCGCCCAAGAGCGCCGCAGAUGUCAACCCGCGGCCGGAAUCGCCGCCCUGCGACUCGAGCCCCGCACGUGACACCUUGACCCCCACCCUGCGGCCUCUGCAGGUCGCAGUCGAGGAGGACAAGCCAGUUGGCUUCGACAGCCCCCCCGAAGGCAUGCCCCUGCCCAGCUUCACCAAGACUCGAGCGCGGCUGUCGUUCAGGAGGCGUCCUCCCACGAGACAACACCGGAAGUCGGUUGGAGAGGACACCAACGGGGACGGCGUUUUGGGGCACGCACAAGAGGGGGAGGAAGAUGAGCAACACCUGACAGUUAAAGAAGAGCAGGACUGUGGCGAGCAAACAAAAACCCUCCCAAAGGACGAGGUGGAGGUUCUGAGUAAGGAAGAGCAACACUCGGUGUCGGACCCCACCCGGCCGACAGAGGACCACCUUCCCUCGGGCAAAGGAGACUCCCAGGUGCCGCGCUAAUUUCCUGCCAGGUGGUGAACUAUGACAAUCACCAAAAAAAGACACACAUAUUUUGAAACUGCUUCUUGGAAAGUGCAGUAAGUCGCGCAAAGCCUUCUCUGUCUCUCUCUGCUGGCUGUUUAUAGAACUGGCCCUGAAAACAUUCACACGCUUUUUUAAAUUUUAGACAUAUUAUUGUUUUGUUCCGACUUCUGCUGUGCAUUUUAAUCAUGCGAUCAUAAUCUUGUACUUUUCUUGCAAUAGGUUCUCAUUUGUGUUUGUUAUAUUUUAACAUUGUUAGGUCAUUCCAAGUCAUCAUGCACAUAAAUGACAAUAAACACUCUCAUUGUUGAGUGGCAAUAUAAUAUUUAUUAACUUGUAUUUUUGCCACAGUAUUUUAAAUCUACUAAAUGUACUUGGAUAUCAUUGUGUCUCUUUAACACUCCAGAUGAUAGUGGAAGUUAAACUUAACUAAACACAAACGCACCGUCAAUAAAUGACAAUACUUUGG